AUGAGAGCGUUGUCGGAGCUCCAAUACGCGUUGGAGGACUUGACGGCGCCGGGCGCAGCAGCUCAGCGAGGGCGAGCUGAAGGAGCAGGCCCGGCAGGAGCUGGGGGCCUUGGAGAGGCAGCUGGAGGCGUCCCUGGCGCGGAUCCAGGAGAGCUCGAGGUGCGCGCCGCGUCGGCGGAGGCGUCGCUGCUGGGCGCGAGGGCGGAGAGCGAGCGCCUGGGCGAGGUGGCGCAGGGCCUUGAGGCGGAGCUCGAGGAGGCGUUCAACUCUCGCGAUGCAGUGGGGGAGAAGUUGGCCGACAUGACUUUCCAGGCCGAUGAGUGGCGGAGAGAGGUGGAGGAGCUGACCGAGCAGCUCGCCGUGGUCAGCGACGAGCGCGACGCCGCGCGCAGCCAGCACGAGGAUGAUUUGUUCAAUCGUGUGGCCGCCAGCGACGACGACUUGGUGAAGGCCCACAGCGCUUACGUGGACCUCACGCAACGCUUGCAGGAGCUGCCCUGUCCCCGAAGGGGGAGGAUCUGGAACUCCAAGGAGCAGGAGCUCGCCUGCCAGAGCAAUGACCUGCUCAUGGAGGAGUGGCAGUCGUCGAGAACGGAGAGGUGGAGCGUCUCAGCGAGGAGAACCAGCAGCUGA